AGCUUUGCCAUCAGGCUAGCUAGCCGCUUGGCGCCCAGAACACCAACCAUCCCGGCUGGAAAGCUCCUUCCGUCAUCGGUCGAAGGGCUCAGAGCUCCGCCCUCGCCGGAGGAGGGGCAGGCGGCGCGAGAGACUGAGAGCCAUUGGACCGUGGCGGGAAAGCGCUCGUGGCUUCCCGGUGAAUCGGGGUCCUCUUUUUUGCGAUUGCACGAGAGAGAGCCCGGCGGCCUUUGGAGAAGCCUUGCGCUUAUAGAAGCCAUCCAGGAAACUACCAAGGGGGCUGACAAGAUAACACCAGACAAGAAUGUCUGACCUGGAAUGCGGAGUGGAAGAGAUGGGGGCAGCUGCCGCAUCGCACACUUCUCAGCUUGAAGGAGAUUCAGCAGUCUGGCUGGAGAAACUGAAAAUAGAAGAAGAACGUGAGAAACCCAAAUGGUCCAUUGGAGUUGGCAAACCACCAGAACUGGGGGAGCUUCCUCCUGGUGUUACAAAAAGAAAACGAAAGGAAGGACUUUCUACCUGGCAGCAGGAAGAGAGAAUCAAGGACGAUUUACAAAUUGCCGAGGCUGUUAGACUUUAUAAAGACGUGAUCCAGAGACGACAGGCUCGUGAAAGGUAUGAGAUAUCCACCCAGAUCACCUUGGGGCUGGGGGAAGAAGAGCCAGGCUCAGGGGCUACUGGAGGGGAGGCUUAUGGCAAAGAGAUCCCAGGAGACCGGGAGCAACAAAUACGAUCCCCUGGGCCCUCAGAUUCUGAUAGAGGCUGGAGGCCCUCUGCUGCUCAGAUGUUGCCACGCAGGAGGAAAAAGCCAAAAAUCCCCCUCCUACCUCGGAAAUUUAAUGGAGAUCCAAAGGAACUUGGACAUUUCUUAGCCCUGGUGUGUAAUCACAUGGAGGACUGGGGUGAGGACUAUUGGUCUGAUGCAGCUCGAGUGAGGAGCGUGACUCAAGUUUUGGGAGGAAUGGCAGCCAACUGGUUUGUGUCCCUACACAAUGAGAACUCUCCACUACUGAGAAAUUAUGACCAUUUUAUGGCCGCCCUAAGAGCGAGAUUUGAGGACCCUUUGGCUGAUCAGAAAGCCAGGAUCCGGAUGAAAUCCAUCAAGCAGGGGAGAAGACCAGUGGCCGAAUACAACCAAGAGUUUUGUGAUCUGGUGCCCCACAUGAGAGGGUGGUCGGAAGUGGCUCUAUUGGAUUAUUACAAGGAUGGCCUAAAUGGAGACGUAUACGCACUGUGCCGGGCGCGAGCGUCCCCCACUACCCUGUAUGGUUGGUUUACCCUGGCAGCAGAGAUGGAGAUUGAAUUGGCCAAGGAUCGCAACCUAGGUGGCCAUUCCUGGAAGCAGACCCCAUCCCAGUCCCAGAAAGGGCCCCCAAAGCGCCCUGCUGCAGCUGUAGGCGGGAAGCAGAGAUCCACGGUGUGUUUCAGAUGUGGAAAGGAAGGCCAUAAAGCAGCCGACUGCGUGGUCAAGUUGGUUCCGAAGAUGACCCCUGGUGGUGGAAAAGGAGCUGUGAAGCCGGCAGCCAAAACUCGAGAGGUCGCAAAAAGGGGAGCGUACGUCGUCAAGACCUCUCCUCCCACUAAGGAGGAGCUGGGGACUCCAACCAGUUCCGAUGACAGUGAGUCUGCAUCCGAUUCCGAUGAAGAUCAUCUAACUUUCUGUCAGAGUAAGCAGUGCUGCAAAUUUGAUUUUCAAGAAGAAAAUAAUACAAAAUCUAAUUCAAGUGAUUUCAGCGAUCCAAUCUACAAAGAGAUUUCUCUGACAAAUGGUUACAUCAAUAGAAUGAGUAGAGAUGAGCUGAGAGCUAAACUUGCUGAAUUCAGACUUGACACCAGAGGAGUAAAAGACGUAUUAAAGAAGAGGCUGAAAAAUUACUACAAGAAAGAAAAAUUAAUGCAUAAGCAACCUCCAAAUGCAGAAGAGUACUACAAUUAUAUCUGUGUUAUUGACUUUGAAGCAACUUGUGAAGAAAAAAAUCAGCCUGAGUUUACACAUGAAAUAAUCGAAUUUCCUAUUGUUUUACUAAAUACUCAGACAUUACAAAUAGAAGACACUUUCCAGCAAUAUGUGAAACCAGAGAUUAAUCCUCAACUCUCAGAUUUCUGCAUUAAUUUGACGGGAAUCUCUCAGGAACUGGUAGAGAAAGCUGAUGAAUUCCCAAAAGUGCUGCAACGUGUUGUAGACUGGAUGAAACAGAAAGAACUAGGAAGCAAGUACAGCUAUUCCAUAUUAACAGAUGGGUCCUGGGAUAUGAGUAAAUUUUUAAAUAUCCAGUGUCGUAUUAGUCGUCUGAAGUAUCCUUCUUUUGCUAAGAAGUGGAUUAAUAUCCGCAAAUCCUAUGGAAACUUCUAUAAGGUUCCUAGAUGCCAAACAAAGCUGUCAACCAUGUUGGAAAAACUUGGGAUGGACUAUGAUGGACGGCCUCACAGUGGGCUGGAUGAUUCCAAGAACAUUGCAAGAAUAGCCAUUCGAAUGCUUCAGGAUGGAUGUGAACUCCGUGUAAAUGAGAGGCUGCACAGCGGGCAUCUGCUAGCAGUCCCUUCCUCAACUCCAAUAGAGGGCGCUCCAAUCCCACAGAUGCCCAGGUUUCGAUAAAUAUUAGGAAGUGAGUUACCCUGUCUUCAGGCCCAUAUUCUUGGUAUUCAAAAGCCAUUUCAGAGAGUUUUUAAACGGUACUUUAUCCCCAAUUUAACCCCUUGCAGAAAUAUACAGGUCACAGAGCACCCACUGAAAGUCUUUCUUAAUUUAGCACUCUAAAUUAGUCACGCUAAGUUUCAUUUUAGUUAUCCAAGAAAUUUAUGCACUUAUUAAAAUGGUUUUCUCUGAAGUAAAGUCAAACCAAAGUGUAACAUUUGAUCUGCAGAUAUAACAACACUAAUAAGAUGUUUAACAUAGUUGAAUACUAUGGGGAAUUUAUCUUUGCUGAUCUUUUCUUUUACUGUUUAGUGUACCAGAAAGAUCUGUUUGAUUUCACAGUGACCAAAUUGUUUCCUGGUAUGUGUUAGUUAAUUUGGGUUUGGUAAAUUCUUCACAAAGGGGAUUUGUUUUUUUAAGUUUGAUCUUCCUUACCCAGUUGAUGGAAAAUUCCAGUAGUAAUACAUUUUUUUGAUGUUUGUAUUGAUGUUCUAAGAUUGUUGAGAGACCUAUUGAGCCAAUAUUAGUUACCUUUUAGCCUCAUUAAAUUCUGAUAGCAAUUUAAGCAUAUUAUUACAUUUCUAUUGAAAUAAUGGAGAUGUAUUUAACAAGGAUUUUUGUACUUUUUCCUUUCAUUGCAUAUAUAAUAGCGUGGUGUAACUUAUUUUAAUACCCUUCCCCAGCAUUGUUAAAAAAAACAUAGAAGCAAAUUAUUUCUGUAAAUUUAAGCCUUGGCAUGGAUUACAUGCCAGUAUUUCAUUCAUAUAAUCAAAGAGAAACAAAUCGCUUCCCUGUAGAUUAUUAUGCCAACCUUUGUUUUGACAUUUCAACUUAUUUUUUGAAAGGUUUGUUUUAAUAAAUACAAUUUAUGUUUUUAAUGUUCUGAACCAUUACUUUAGCAUGGCACAUUUUAAUAUUUAUUGCACAACUGUUACAGAUUUCUGACUUCAAAUUGGUUUGUUAUAUUUUGCCACUUUCGUGGGAAUUCUGCACAAAUUGUUGCCUAGAAUGUUCUGAGGGAAUGGAUGACUGAUUCAAGUCAACUAGUGACUUCAGGUCUAAACAAGGAUUUAAGCCCAUCUUUAAUCUAUUAUACCUCACAGUGGCUGUGUACAGUGUAUAGUUUGGCACUGUAUGCAGAUUGGUUUUCUCCUGAAAGCCCAUUUUGUAAAUAUUCCGCUUUCUUGUAAUCCGUCCAGAGCAAAAGUGAAUAAUGAUUUGAAAUUACACUUUCUGCUGCAGCCUGCAAUCUUAAUAUUCUUUUCUACUUUAACACUUUAAAUCAUGUGUUCCUACAUGUAUAAAAUCUUUCCUACAUGUUUUGUUCAUGGAAUUGGGAUGUUUAUUUGAAAGACUAUGACUAGUUCACACCUUGUGAUAAGUAAAAAUAGGCUUGAUCAUUUUAUGGACCAGUCAGUCCACAUUGUUUCUGACUCAGGUGAACCCAGGCUUUUGGGUGAAUCUACUAAAACUAUGUCAUACGUUGUAUGGACACAUUUUGUGCUAGGUCAACUUUUUUCCACUGCACAACUAGCCAUUCAUCUUCUGAACACUUUAAAUAUCAGCUUUUGGUAUAAAACUUUAUGCUCUUUUGAAUACAGUUUGUAUAUUUUUACUUUUAAAAAAGGUUUCAAUCCACUGUAAUCAUUUGUAUUUCAAUUUAAUGUGUUAUGUCUGUUAAAUAAAGGUACUUUGUAAUGUCA